GUUGACUGUUCACCUGGUUCUUCUAAGACAGUCCUCCAACUUGGUGCCUUUCAGAUGGAUUCCAUCUCGACCCUUCAGGCCAACACGUCUAGAGUAUAUAGUUGUAAUUAGUGUGUUUUUCUGAUUUGUACCGCUUAUGAUUAUUAUUAUUAAUUGGGAAACGUGAUUCGACGAGUACUGGCUCUCAGAAAGCAAAGGGCGUUGGCUGUCACUUGCUGCUGUAACGUGAAAUGGUCCGGAGUGCAUCGGGAAACAAUGCAUCCAAGCGUGUGUUCCGCUGUUGCUUUGAUUCCUCCCCAUGAAUUUUACGCGCGCAUGCAAGCGAAAUCCUCGAAGGCAGCUCCGGAAAAUGAAGACUAAGGACUUCACCAUGGAGGAUAUGUUAUGUGUAUGUAAUAAUUUGGAGGAACCGCCUACUUCUGCUGUCUUCUUGGAAAGCUGCCAUUUCUCUCAAGUCGUCUUUGCAAACAUAGAAAAAUUCUAUGUUCCCAGAACAGAUAUAACUUGCUAUUAUAACUUUUCCGAGCAUUUCACACCUCGCAAGAAGGACUGGGUGGGCAUAUUCAGAGUGGGAUGGAAGACAACUCGUGAAUACUACACAUUCAUGUGGGCCCCUCUGCCCAGCAUCUCUGAGAGCAGCAGUGCUGAACAACAACAGGUGGUUUUUAAAGCUUACUACCUGCCAAAAGAUGAUGAGUAUUAUCAGUUUUGCUAUGUUGAUCAAGAUGGGCAAAUCCGUGGGGCCAGUGUCCCCUUUCAAUUCCGUACUGAGGCUGAGGAUGACAUGCUGGUGGUUACUACCCAGGGGGAAGUGGAGGAAAUACAGCAGCAAAAUGCAACAUUGCUUCAAGAAAACCAGAAACUGAAGAAGAACCUAGUAAGUCUCCAGGAGCAGAAUUUGCAUCUGCAGGAAGAACUUGUGGCAGCCAAGGCUCUUCAAAAUAGCGUGAAUACUUUAGAGAGCAGAUGUGAGAACCUGGAAUCCCAGAAGAAAGAUCUAGAAAAGGAAAAGUGUGCCAUAAAGGCAGAACUGAUGCAGGUCAAAGAAGAAAAAGAAUCCAUAUUAUCUGAGAAGGAACAGCUGGGAAACCAGCUGAGAAGCAGUCUGAGUCAAAUAGAAGAGCUUCAAUUACAAGUGCAGAGUCAACAGAAGGAAGUGGACAACCUGCAGGAGACAAUUAAAGGCAAAGCAAAGCAUCUGGAGCAGUUGAAGGAAGAGAAUUGUAAAUUAAAUGCCACCUUGCUUACACAGCAAAUGUUGGAUAAAAUCAAGGAGGAACAAACACUCGCACUUCAAAUCCUGAAGGAGGAAAAGGAGGAAAUAGAGCAAGAAAAUCAGAAAUUAUGGCAGGAGAAUGAAGAGUUGAGGGCACGCCUCCCUGAAAGAGGCAGUUCAUCUGCUGGAAUCCUAUCCCCAUCACCACCUAAUUCAGUCCUCCUGUCUGGAAAUCCAUAUUCUGCAUCGCCAAAGAUUCUCGAGACGAACCUGGUCUCCAUGAAAAAAUGUCCCAUGUGCCAGGAAGUCUUCCCUAAUGACAUUGGAGAACAACAGUAUUUGGAUCAUGUGCAAGAUCACAUUCUUGACUGUCCAUUUUGCGAUAAAACCUUUGACAGCUCCAACAAGCAAGUGUAUGAUGAUCAUGUCUUUUGCCAUCGUUUAGACCAAGCUUAAGCCUGCUUGCACCACCUAAGCUACUACACUAAUGCCUUUUUCUUUCUUUCCUUUUUUCCAUUUCUUUCCUUUGUAUGAUCUGGCAGGGAUAGACACUUGAUAUACUAAACUUGACAUAACAGGCUGAAACUUGCUGUUGGGCCUGCAGUACUGAUCACUUUAAUUUCUUCUGAUAACAUAUCUGUUAAAUGUGCACUGUACUUCUGCUUUAGAAGCAAGAUUUUCCAUAUUUAAAUCUUAUAGGAUAUUUAAAAAUAAGAUGCUGUUUUCCUCCACCCUAAACCUUCCAUUAAUAACAAAUCAUGUUUGUAAAGGAAGCUAGAGAUUUCUAGCCAUAUUUAUAGUGAAGAAUAGAAAUUCUAUCUUUGUUUGCUUUGUAUCUAUUUUAUGCUAAAAGAAAGAUAAUUGUGAAGCAAACAGCAAGUAUAGUAACAGCCCUAUCAGGAUCUACCUUUGUAUUGUUUAGUUGUAAGAUUUAAAUCUAUGGUAUCCAUUAGGGUUGUGCAGUGCUUCACAUUCAAAAGCAAAAUGGUGUUGUAGAAAAUAUGAGGACACAUGUAGCACUGUCUGCAAUUCUUCAGCUGCAGAGAAUGGCCAUGUGAUCCCAGGAAAAGAAAUAGUAUUUAGGAUUUGCAAACAUGCACUUUGUAAGCAUCAGAUCCUGCCCAGAGUCGCUGGGAGUCAGGUGGCGUAUACGUUUAAUAAUUAUUAUUCUCUCUCUGCACUCCGAAGCACCCUUUUUUCUUGGAAUUCAAAGCCCUGCUAUUAUCACAUCUUGCAGCAGCAACAAAAAGCCUUUGUUAUGAACUGUGAGGGAGGAUAAUUUAAAACCUCACUGGCAGGCUCCUUUUUCCAAAUGUUCCUCAGUAAAUGAUAAUUAUAAUAGGCUGCUGCCAAUCAGACUGAAUGUCCUGACACAUACUCAGCUGUUUAAUUAGGGAGUUUUUGGCCCUCAAGAAUACUCUUCCUUCAAUCCAUUUUUAGGAAAACACAUGCUUUGGAUCUUCCAGCCCAAAACUCAGAUAUAACCUUGUGUUUUGCAUGUGGGAAGGGUUUAAUGAGAAAGUCUUUUAAACUGAUGAUGCCAAAUUUCAGGAUAUAAGGAAGAGUUCACUACUGUGAAUAGUUGGAAAGAUCAUUUGGGAAUAAUAAUGGGAUGCUGUUAAGCAGGCCUUCCUUGCUUCUGUGUUUUGUUUGAGCAUUAUCUUCAGUUUUAUAGAAUGUGGAGGAUAACUGAGAAGCAGCCGUUUAGGCAUAGCAACAGUUGUUCUUCCCAUAAAAAAUGUUCCAUGUCUGUUGUCAGGGAGUUAGCUAACUAAUAUAUCAGAAAAUGAUCUGAAGGCUGAACCCAAUUUCUUAAUGAUACUGUCACUGAUCAAGGUAUUAACAAGUUUUCACCAGUCCUGUCACUGUAUGGAAAGGAUUAAGCAAAAAAAAAAAAAAAAAAGGCUUUUUUUGGAAACAAAAGAUUAAUACUUUUCAAGACUUGCAGCGUAGAGUCAAUUUAUUGGAUGCUUUAGAUUGCACUGUAGUGUCAUACCUCCAAAAAUAAGAAGUUGUCACAAUCUUAUAACCGGGAUCCCUCUGUUAGGUGCUGAAAUGUGCCGCUUUGUUGAAAUUUCUCUAAAUAUAUGGCUGCACUGUCAAAAAGCCAUGUUCAUUAUAUAAUCAGGAUUACGGUACAAGAAAGAACACGUGUUUUUCUUGAAACAUAUUUUUCUUGAAAUACAAGAAAAACCACUAUUUUACCUUUCCGUUUCUGUGAUAUUGACUGUGCACUUUUUCCUGUAUAGGACUGAAUGCUGUAAUAAGAGAUCAGCUGUUUACCGACAGAUUUUAUACCAUGUAUUAGCUAGCUACAUGGUUAAUACUAUAUGUAGCAGAAUCUAUUUUAGUAGCAUUUUUCUCUUCCAUGUUUGUCUCUUUAAAAAAUCUUGGUGAAAAUGUUUUCUAGUGCAGAAAACGUAAAAUUGUAAUGAUGGACUACUUACAGAUAUUUAAUAAAUUUUGGUUUAUCUUUUUCAAGCACUUAUUGAUUACUUAUUGAAAAUAUAUCAAAUUCUUUUCAGAAUGGAAAUGCAUAUGUAUCUGGUGAAUCCUGUAAGGGUGUGGUGAAUUUUAGGUAUUUACAGUUAUGUAGUGAAUUCUAAAUAUUUGCUUUCUAGUAGAGAAGUUAGUCUUUGGAAAUGAUUCUAAACUGAGACCAUUUUAUCACCUUAAUGUGUCAAAUCAGAUAAUUAAGCAUAGCAGAAAAAACAGGUUUAGGCUAUUUUCCAGAGCUAGAUUCCAGUUUGCACUCAGGAAUCAAUAAAAGACCCUGUCUUAUCAGUUGUAAAAGUAGCUUCAUCCUCUAUAUUUCUGUUUGUAUUAUGUGGCAUCUGUUUCUUUUGAAGAAGCUCUGUAGCUGCCUUGCAAGUUUAUUUUGGCCCUCUUUACACUUGGCUCACUGUUUUUACCAAAAUAAAAUGAUUGUCUGGAUGCUCUCCAAUUGUUGGUCUUCCUUGGUGAGAUUUCUACCACAGGAGCUGCAUAAAGAUUGUAACAGAUGUGCUAUAUAAGGCUGCUUUAUGAUGUUUUGCUGCCUGAAGUAAUGCCCAAGACUUUAUUUCCCUUGUUUCACAUACAGAAGCUGAAUGGAUUCGCAGUUGAAUCUUUCCUGAGUGGUGCACAGAUGUAAAGUGGUGCACUAUGCACAGUGGUGCACAAAUGUAAAGCAGUAGACCAGCUGCCCGACACACCCAGCUCCAAUUUUUAGCAGCUGGCCACUGCUCCCUAGUUCCAGGGUCUGUCUACUGAUAGAGCCAACACUGCGGCAUCCUGUUAGAAAACCAUACCAUGGUUUUAGGGAUGGAGAAGGAUGUAGAUGAAAAAGAGGCAGUUGAGUAUUCUGAAAGCUAGAAGAUUGUAUUUCUCAGUUCUUUCAGUGUAAACUGGGUAAAUUUAACAGCUUUAUUAAGUUGGUUUGUUACUACUGUAAUUCAGUCUGUGAAACUCUGUAGCUAUUAAUGUGUUUCAUGCUGUGUUUCAACUGUGUAAAGAAGAGCGCUAAUACUGUAAGCAAGAGGUUCUUUAAAAUGAUAAUUAUUCCA